ACUAAAUUAUGCCAGAACAGAUCUAUAUGGAACUACUCAGAAAAACUCGUAUUACAAUUUAACAUCGAAGUCAACCGCAGAAUGUCAGUAUUGUGUAUGGGAUCGGAUUUUGACAGCCACAGUUAGACCUAAUCGUCACAAUGACCAUUCCACCUCGACCUCUGUUUAUGUGUUAGCCACUGAUUCCCAUUGCAUCACAACGUAAAGCAGAAUAUUUAAUAAAGCUCCGCAAUAUAUUUACGACACUUGGGGGAAAUAUUCGCAUAUUUCGGCUGGAACUUUCGAUGUCGGAACAAACAGAAAGCCAUGGCUAUUCAGAGUAUUUGCGCUGCCCGUCCCUUCACGGGGUCAUCUAUGCCCCCAACAACGCUGCCCCAUUUGACUUGGGCUCCGCCCUCAGGGGACCCAGGGGGGAGGGGCCCAGCUCUCCCCCCAAGCCCAUAAGCAUGGCGGUGAGCAGUGUCGCCCGCGAGGCCUUCACCCACUGCACCCAGUAUCAGGCCUCCUUCAGGUCUACCAGCACACCUGCCAAGCCUACGACCCACCCAAGGUGGGUAUGGGUUUCCUCACCUCCUACUCCCGCGACUACCUGCCCUGGGGUGUUCAGACCUCCUUCUCCCACGACUACCUGCCCUGGGGUGUUCAGACCUCCUUCUCCCUCGACUACCUGCCCUGGGGCGUUCAGACGCGCCCCCCCCAUCCAUCAGCGGGAGGAGUUAGUCAGGCCCACCAGACCCUUCUACCACAUGACCGCCUACCAGGCAGAUUUCACGCCCAAGAUGGCCACGCCCACCUGCACCAGGCCAUUGGAGAGGAGACAGGAGCAGCAACAUGCCUGGGCCCUGAAAAAAACAUCUGUUUAAACAGAAACAGUGGCACGCUGAUCAUCCUGUUGCAACCCGGGGGCAGACUGACGGAGUAGUACGGGUUUCUCCGAUGGCGUCUGAGAAGGCGUUCUGUGGGCUUUAAAAGUCACUCAGACCCCUAAUCGGGAUUAAAACUCUCACUCAGAUUUAAUUCAACAAUUCAUAUGCAACACUUCUUCGUAAAGUUUCUGUUAUGCCUUUUGUCCUCGUCAUCGUUGUCAUUUGAUUAUCUUUUCUCUAAUAUCAGGAUUUCCCACAACAUGGUAUUUUGGGACUUUAAAACUCUUGCUCAGAUUUAACUAAUCCAAUAUUUCAUAUGCAACACUUCCUUGGUAGGUUUCUAUUAUGCCUUUUGUCCACGUCAUUGUUGUCAUUUGAUGGUAUAAUAUUGAUGACGAUAAGGGGUGGCCUGUAGCGUAGUGGUUCAGGUAAAUGACUGGGACACACAAAGUCGGUGGUUUGAGCCCUGGUGUAGCCACCAUAAGAUCCGCACAGCCGUUGGGCCCUUGAGCAAGGCCCUUAACCCUGCAUUGCUCCAGGGGAGGAUUGUCUCCUGCUUAGUUGAAUCAAGUUGCUCUGGAUAAGAGCAUCUGCCAAAUGCCAUGUAAAUGUAAUAUACACUCAGUGAGCACUUUAUUAGACGUAUUAAGUCUUCUGCUGCAGUAGCCUAUGCACUUAUAGGUUUGACGCGUUGUGUGUUCAGAGAUUCUCUUCUGCAUACCACUGUUAUAAUGUGUGUGGUUAUUUGUGUUACUGUCACCUUCCUGUCAGCUUUGACCAGUCUGGCCCUUCUCCUCUGACCUCUCAUUAACAACACAUUUCUGCCUGCAGAACUGCUGCUCACUGGAUAUUUUUUGUUUUUCGCACCAUUCUCUGCAAACUCUAGAGACUGUUGUGCGUGAAAAUCUCAGGACAUCAACAGUUACAGAAAUACUAAAAACAGCCCUUCCAUCACCAACAAUCAUGCCACGUUUGAAAUCAGUGAGAUCACAUGUUCUCCCCAUUCUGAUUUUUUUGAAAUUUACUGAAGCUCCUGACCCCUAUCUACAUGACUGUAUGCAUUGCACUGCUGCCACACAAUUGGCUGAUUAGAUAACCACAUGAAUACCUACGUGUAAUAAAGUAAAGAUGUUCCUAAUAAGAGUGUAUUAGGCAAAAUCCAUAUGCUAGGCUUUUUAAAAAUCAGUAAAUCAACUCGCAGACCACUUGGAAUCAUUCACGGACCAGUGGUGUGCAGACGACAGUUUGAGAACCGCUGGUGUAGGAGUAAAAGUCACCGAUUUUUACA